GGAGCAAGUGCCACGGCGGCUGACGGCGGCGGGGGCGCGCGACUUGGCUCGGAGGGCAUGGGCGCACGGGGCCUCGAGUGAUAGUGUUUUCUGGGCGCGGGAGUGUGUGUUCGGGCGGCAGUCGACCUGUCCAUGUCCCUUACAGCUCAGGAGGUGGUGGAGCGCGCGGGCGUGGAGUUGUCCAAGUGUAUCACGGGCCUGGGACUCCGCUCCCGCAGCAAGGACAAGGAAAUCCGCGACGCCCCGGGGGCAAGCGGAGGCAGCGGCGCCGAGGGCAGCAGGAUGGGGUCCGUGCGGCGGGGGGGCGUCAUGGAGAAGGUGGCCAACGUGCUGUGCGGGAACAGCGUGGCCAGCAGUGGACUCGUCAAUGGCAAAGCCAAAAUGGACAAACCGAUUCCGCCGGAGAAGCCGAGUCGCUUCCUGCUGGGGAAGGUCCGGAACGGCGUCCCGGCGGGGCCUUCGGGCAACCCCCUGGUGCCCUUCCACGGCCACCAGGGGUCCCCGCGACCCCUGCGCGCGGCCAGGUCGCCGGCGCACCUCCUGCGGGGACACCGCUUCCUCACGUGGGACGAGCUCAUCCGGGACGAGGCUUUCCUGGCCAGGUUCUUCUCGUACUUCUCGCCCAUCGAGAGGACGGUGCUGGCCCAGGUGUGCCUGCGGUGGCGCGCCGUGCUGUACCAGCCCAAGUUCUGGCACGGCGUGCGGCCCGUGCUCCACUGCCGCGAAAUGCGCCACGCCAACGUCGAGCUCACCACCGACAUGCGGCGCCGCUUCUACGUGUCGGUGCAGAAGCGCGGCUUCGACUCCCUCGUGCUGAUGUGCGCCAACGACGAGGACCUCAUGGACUUGGUGGCCAACUACGCCGUCAACCACACGAAGGCGCUGCGCUCCGUGGCGCUGCGCUGCUCCAACGUGUCCGACAAGGGCCUCGAGACGCUGCUAGACCACCUCAACGGCGUGUACCAGCUGGAGCUCCAGGGCUGCAACGACGUGACGGAGGCUGGCCUGUGGGCGUGUCUCAACCCUCGCAUCGUGUCCCUGUCCGUGGCCGACUGCAUCAACGUGGCCGACGAGGCCGUGGGCGCCAUCGCCCAGCUCCUGCCGUCGCUCUACGAGCUCAAUCUCCAGGCCUACCACGUCACGGACGCCGCCCUCGCCUUCUUCAGCCCGCGACAGACGUCCACACUCUCAAUCCUCCGCCUCCACUCGUGCUGGGAGCUCACCAACCACGCUAUCGUUAACAUAGGUAUGUACCCACGUGGCUUUUUGCAUAAACACUGGCUGUUGUUGGUGCGAGUUCACGGGGAAUGGAGAGCGUGCGCCCCGCUGUGUUUUCAUGGCCUGUCGUGGGCCGCGGCGCUGGUGCAUUCCCUUUAA